UACUACCCUUACGAUUUGUAAUAGUCAAAUUAUCAAGUGAUUGAAUACAUAAAUGUCGUCUACUCACCUGAUAGAGCUAACUAAUAGGAACAGAAAUGAUGUAGAACUGUUUUCAGAGAGUUCUGAUAGUCCAAUUGCAACCUUAUCCUUAUCAAAUGAGAUAGGACAAAAUGAUCUUCAAGCUGAGCAGGAGGUUGAUGACGAAGUUAACUAUCCUGACGGUGGUCUCAAGGCUUACUCAGUUAUAGUGGGAUCAUUUUUAGGUUUAAUUGUAAAUCUAGGAAUUAUAAACUCUAUUGGUGCAAUUCAGGCCUAUGUUUCAACACAUCAAUUGGCUUUAGUUAAAGCUUCUUCCAUAUCGUGGAUUUUCUCCAUCUUUUUAUCAUUAGCUUAUGCUUUAGGGUUGGUAGUUGGUCCUAUAUUUGAUAGAAAGGGUCCACUAGAACUAUUAAUUGCCUCCACUUGCUUUGUAUUUGUAGGGUUAAUGCUGUCAGCCAAUAGCACGAAGGUUUAUCAUUUUAUUUUAAGUUUUAUUUGCUUAGGGAUUGGUAAUGGAUUAGGAAUGACACCUCUUAUAGGAGUAAUCAGUCACUGGUUUUUGAAGAAAAGAGGUAAUUAUACGGGCAUUGCAACUAGCGGAGGAUCGGUCGGUGGAUUAGUGUUUCCAUUAAUGUUGAGAUAUACUUAUUCUGUAUAUGGUUAUGUAUGGGCAAUGAGAAUUUUUGCAUUUACAUGUUUAGGAUGUAUGUUAAUCUCAAUACUUUUGGUGAAAGGAAGAUUUAAGAGAGAGUCACACAACACGUCAGACGAGUUUGAUACGAAGUGGGAUAAAAUGACUAGUAGGUUAAAGAAAUUAUCUUAUUGGAAAUUGAACGAUGCAAAAUAUAUCUACCUUAUUGCUGGAGCAUUCUUUGCAGAAUUAUCAUUAGUCUUAGUGCUAACUUAUUUUGCAACGUAUGCCAUUUCUCAUGGUGUAUCAGAAUCUAACUCUUUGUUGUUAUUAACUGUUUGGAAUGCUGCAGGAAUCUUGGGCCGUUGGGUACCAGGUUACAUUUCUGACCAUAUCGGUAGAUUUAAUGUCAACAUAUUGAUGUUGACAUUCUAUUCAAUUUGUAUUCUUAUUUUGUGGUUACCUUUUGGAUCAAGCUACAAGAUUUUAUUAGUAUUUGCCACUAUGGCAGGCUUUAGUCUGGGUUCAAUCUUAAGUUUACUUCCUGCUUGUUUAUCACAAAUAACACCAGUGAGUGAAAUAGGUUCCAAAUAUGGUUUAUUGAACGCUAUUUUAAGUAUCGGAAACUUAUUUGGAGUUCCAAUUGCGAGUGCGAUCAUUGGCCAAGGAAGUACAACCAAUUAUAAUCAUUUCGUCAUAUUUGUUGGGACUUUAGCAGUUAUUGGGACAUCAUUUUGGACUUUAAGUAGAGUUUCAAUUGUAGGAACGAAGUUAAACGUCAAGGUCUAAUAGAUGCUAAGUUAAUUCAACUAACUGGAAGUUUAUCCGUUAGAGGAUAUUACUAAGUAUAUUCUAAUUUCGUAAAUUAUGAAUGUGUAAUUAUUAAUGAAAGAAACCCCCCUCCAU